AUGAACCCGCAACACUCUUACGAGAACGUGGGACUCACCACACUCCAACCCAAACCUCGCAGGAACAAAUGCCUUUGGAUCGGCUUGCCUGCCGCCGUCGUGGCGAUUGUUGUCGCAGUCGUCGUGGGCGUCGUGGUGAGCCGUAAUCACAAGUCCGAGUCCUCGAACUCGGCCUCUCCCAACUCGGCCUCUCCCUCUGGCUCGACCCUUACCGGCGAACCUGCUGCUAGCCAGGCUGCGAGCAUCAAACAAGAUAUUGGUCUCUUCCCCACCGGCACCGACAGCCAAUACCUUCUCCCCCUCUACCCUUCCACCACAAACUCGGCUGCCUUCAGCUCUCCCACCUUCAACCCCUCAAAUAAUGCCGCUUUCUCUUGGCCCGAAGACCCUUUCAAGCCUGCUAAGCCACAGGUCACCACCGUUCGCCCAGACAGGCCUCGCCUGCUCGCACCUGCCUACAAAUGGCAGGCCCUCCCCAAGCUCAUCGCUACCGAUCCUUACCUCAAGUCCUGGAAUGAGACCAUCUUCCAGAACGCCACGGACUACUACAACCAACCUGUGGUCAAGUACUUCCUCGACGGCGGUUCCGGGAUUCUUGACAACGCCCGAGAGGUCAAGAUGCGUAUCAAGGCGUUCUCAUACGCAUACCGCAUGUCCAACGACACGAAGUGGGUCGACCGUGCUUGGCUUGAGCUUCAGAACGCUGCUGGAAAGGGAACUACACCAUUCGGUCCAGAUGACCUUACGAAGUGGAACCCGUCUCAUUUUCUCGACACCGCAGAGUUCACUGCCGCCUUCGCUAUUGCGUACGACUGGCUUUACGAUCAGUGGACCCCGGAUCAGAAAGGCCAAAUCGCGUCCACCAUGACCACUCUUGGUCUCCAGCUCGGCGUGGAUUACAUCAACAACGGCUCCGCUUGGUGGGCGGGACCCUCAAUCACCGGCAAUUGGAACUGCGUCACGAUGAGUGGUCUCACGAUGGGAGCCCUCGCCCUCCUCGGCGACGACACAAGUGGGCUCCCUGAGAAGGUCCUAGGGCUUACUGUCCCGAAUGCCCUUGCUGCCUGCGCCUUCGGACCCUCGUCCGACGGCACCUGGGCCGAGACCGCCAACUACUGGUACUUUGGUACGACCGGUCACGCCGAGAUGACCUCCUCUCUAAUGACCGCCACCGGCUCCGAUUACGGCCUGCUCUCGACGAACCCCGGGUUCGAGAAGACCGUUCUCGACGACGCGAACGCAAUCAUUUUCUACGGCGACCAGUACAACCACCCCGAGUACGUCCUCUACCAACGCGAUCAGCACGACGCCCCGGAGCCAAACAGCGUUUUCUGGUACAACCCGACCGUCGCCGGCGCAUUCUGGGACAGCAUGCCGCUCGACCACGUGUUCGACAACCACACCGACCAGUGGGCGUCGAUGCGCUCCUCGUGGACCGACCACGACGCGCUCUACGUCGCGAUCAAGGCCGGCACGCUCCAGGGCCACCAGACGCACAACGACCUCGACGCGGGCGACUUCGUCAUUGACGCGCUCGGCACGCGCUGGGCGGGCGACCUCGGCUCUGGGGACUACAACUCCGCCGGCUACUUCGACGACGGCGACGGUCAGGACAGCAAGCGCUGGCUCUACUACCGCAAGCGCACCGAGGGCCAGAACACGAUCCUCGUCGACAAGCAGAACCAGAUCGUCACCGCGCAGCCGACGAUCGAGUUCGGCUCGAGCGAGUCCGAGCAGGGCUCGAGCACCGUGUACGACGUCCCGUCGGACUCGACCGCGUUCUUCACCGCGGACCUCACGAGCGCGUACCCCUCCGGCACGACCUUCAAGCGCGGCGUGCGCAUGCUCAACGCGCGCAAGCAGGUCCUCCUCCAGGACGACAUCACCUCCUCCGGCGCGGUCAUGUGGCGGAUGCACACGAACGCGACCGUCGCCGUCGACGCCUCCGGCACGUCCGCGACGCUCACAAUCGGCGACAAGAAGCUGCAGAUGUCCCUGCUCAACGCGCCCUCGGGCGCCGCGUUCACGACUGGGCCCGCGAAGCGCUUCGACGACGACCCGGCGCUGCCCGCGGCCAGACCGACCAGGAGAACGUCGGGCCUCCCCACGGGAACGUACAGCCUCCAGGUGCUCUUCAACCCGCAGUGGGACGGCAUGAGCGCGAGCAGCUUCGUCACGCCGCCGUCGGUGCCCGUCGAUAGCUGGGAUCUGAAGAGCCACAACUAG